CUGAUUUGCAAGAUUCCGUGAAGAUCAAUUGCUUUGAAGCUAUGGCACGCCGCAACGUGCUGCCCUUUGUGACCGCAUUGCUGGCCUUGAGAUGCUUUCUAGGUCGCGAGGCCUUCACCACCUUUUCGCGGCCUGCAAAAGGCGCUGCGACGGCGUUGUACGCCACAAAGGAAGAGAGCAAAUUGCUCAAGCUGUGUGACGAAUUCCCCACGAAUGCUGACGCGGAUGAUCGCGAGGAGCUGCUGGGUGCAGCCAAGAAACUGCCAGAGGCGCCGGAGAAUGCCUACGAGCUUUUUUUGGGCGACUGGAAGGUGGAUUGGAGUUCUUUGGGGGGCCGGGCCAUCAAGAAGAAGCCGGACCCCAAUGGACCGCCCCAGGACAUCAAGUUUGUGUCCUUCGCAGCGCUGCCAUCCACUAGAGUGGAGUUCACGGGAUCCUUCAACCGCGUGAGCGGCGACGCUAAAGGAGGCACCUACCAGCUGCUGCAGACCUUCACCAUGCCUGGAAAGGAUGGCCCGGAGGCCGCCGUGGUGCUGGAAGGCACUUGGAGCACCGGCACUGCCACGGGCAACUGGGGCGAGGGCGCACCCCGCACCCGGGUGCCCACCAAGUUUGAGACCGUCCGCGUGGUGCCAUCCACUGACGAGGAUGCCAGCCGGGCCAUGCUGGAAGAGGCUGGUCUAGGGAAGUACUUCGAGCGAACCGCGAUCAAGGCACCAGAGACUUACAUUGACCUGAAGCACAUCAGCGAGGAGAUGCGGGUGCACCAGGGUGAGUCUGGGGCUUUCUACGUGCUCACCAAGAUAGAGGAUGGAUCGAUUCCUUUCAUCCUGGACUGAGUCGGAACUCGGGAGUGGGGUCAGAAGUUGCCCAAGCCAGUUCUGGCCAACAGAAGCUCUCAUCAGAAGCUCCCGGACGGGUCUCUGAACAUUGUGGAUGUGA